UGUGUUGACGUUACGAGCGCCAGCUGUCAGUGCAGCUAGCAUCGGCGCUAUCAUUACCGUCGCGUUUUUGGUGUUAAUUUCAUAAUCAUUUAGUUAUUUUAACAGCUAUUGUUGUCGGUUUUAGAAGGACACCGAUGGAACUGAUAGACAAAGCAUUUUUUCGGACAUCGUAGCGCCUUUUACUUCAAAUGUGGUCGUUAUCGAGGCAGCUACAUUUUACUAGCUUGUUGUUAGCAAUGUGAUGCAGGCAGGCAGGCUGUGCACUCUGCAGUCUCAUUGUGGCUUCUUUUUGGAAGUCAUUGUUCAAAUGGUUAAUACUUUGUCGCUCCAGACUAUUGUUAAGAGCGACUAUUGACUGCUUUACAAUAUGCUUUCUAUUAAUAGUGUAUUCAGGCCAGAAUUGCGUGGCCUUUCAUACUUUCAGUCAUCUUAAGGCAGGUUUUUGCUAAUCACAGUGUAACUUGUACUGUGUGGCUGCUGGAACUACCACUCGUGUGGUACAUUUAAAGACAAAGAUAAGACUUGUUUGAAUUAUCAUCAUGGAUAAGAAAUCAUUUGACAUCGUAUUGGAUGAAAUUAGGAAGUGUGUCUUGACUGAUCAGCGCAUAAAAGCCAUCGAGCAGGUUCAUGGCUAUUUCUCCAGUGAGCAGGUGAUGGAGAUACUGAAAUACUUUUCAUGGGCAGAACCUCAGAUUAAAGCAGUAAAAGCUCUGCAGCAUAAAAUGGUUGCAAUCCCCACAACCAAAGUCGCAAACAUUCUGAAUUGCUUCACCUUUUCAAAGGACAGACUGAUUGUCUUGGAGCUGAUUGCUUUAAACAUUUCAGAUGCCCAGAAUUACCGCCCUGUGGAAGAUUUGUUUCGCAUACACUUGUCGGAGAAGAAACGUGCUCGCAGGAUCCUGGAGCAGGUAUGCAAGGUGGGUUGCAAGGCACCUGUCGCCAUGAUCUCGUCCUGUGGUAUAAUACCAGGGAAUCCAUACCCAAAAGGGAGACCCAGUCUAGUUGCUGGCUCAUUUCCAGGAAUCCCUCCCAUAAAAAAGGAAGGGGAGAAGAAAGACGACACUGCUAACAGUAUGGAGGGGAAAGGAAUUGCCGCUCGGAUAAUUGGACCUUUCAAACCAUUUCCUUCAAGCUACAACCCUCAUCGCCCUGUGCCCUACCCAAUACCCCCGUGCAGACCCCACGCUACCAUUGCGCCAAGUGCGUACAACAACGCAGGCCUUGUUUCUGUGGGAGGGGUCAUAACGGCCAAUGUGCCCCCUCCCCCCUACAACUCCACCCACAAAGUAGCAGGCUAUACCAAACCAGGCAACCCCCAGAACACUACACCAGGAGUCAACAGUGGGCCGCUGCUGAUCCCUCAUGGCUCCACACCGUCCACCCCCCUCCCACCCCAGGCCUCCCCCGCCCAGCCACCUCCCACAACUCCCAUCACACCUGUUUUUCCAGGCAUGGUGCCCUCUCACAACCCCAACGCUCCAUCUCCGUCCCCGGCACCAUCUCCAUCCGUUAUCAAAGCAGGUCCACAGACCCCAACCGGCCAUGCCACACCUACACCAUCAUCUGUCAUUAAAGCCCACACACCCUCAGGAACCCCUUGCGGAACUCCUGUUCCUGGCAGCGGGGGAUUCCCUUCUUCCCCUUUCCAUUCCGUUUCCCGACCAGGCACCCCUGCCACCUCCCGUAAUGGCGCCGAUGUCCUGUCUCAGGUGAACUCCAUGGCAUCGACUCAGCAGAGGACGUUCUCCCAGUCUACAGACCAUCAGGCAGGACUUGCCUUCCAUAGCAUACCCCCACAAACAGGUAACCACUCUGGCUCGGUGAUCCGUAGCUACACCCCCUCUGGCACGCCAUCUACCACCCCAGGGAUUUCAAGUUGUUCCACCCCAGGCCCCAGCCCCAAACCCCCCCAUGGCCAUCCUGCCCAGGCUCAAGCUGCCAUGGGCCCACGUGGAGUCCUUACACAUGAGCAGCAGCGUGCAGCUCUCAGCAGACACACAGGGGGGAGCAGUAGUGGCAGUAACAGCCCUGUGCCUUCUGCUUUCAAGGGGACGUCUCAUUCUGGAACGCCAUCUGCGAGCCCUCUGUUGGUACCCGGAUCAGCACAGGCUGCCUUAGCCCGUUCUUUAGGGCUGGCACACCCCUCAGGCUCUCCUCAAGUCUCCCUCCCCAGUCCUGUUGCCAUCUCCAGCCUGCAGGCUUUGUCCGCCAGCCCAGGACCACCUCACUAUCCAGGCCUGUCCCCUUUCCCCGCACUGUCUUCCUCCAUUCCUCCUACCUCCAUCCCCUCAUCGAUAUCCGCCAUGCCCCCCUCUGCCAACAUCUCUAAUCCCCCACCAACCUCCAUCUACCCCGGCCUGACUCCUAGUGCUGCACCUAACGCAGCCGCUCCCUUUGGCUUAGGCCUCACGUCUGCUCCCUCUAUAUUCCCAGGCCUACCGCCUGGUCCAAGCCCUGCUGCUUUCCCAGGUUUGGCCGUUUCAGGAGGCCACGGUGCUGGGAGCCCAGUGUUGCCUUCUUUCAUAGGACUAUCAGGAGCGACUCCGUCAUCUGUUGCAUCAGUGGCACCACUGCAGGCGGCUGCUGUGGCGGCAGCAGCUGCAGCUGGCGUACCAGCUUCAUCACCGGUUUUACCCGGUUUUGCAUCUGCCUUCAGCUCCAACUUCCAGCCUGGGUUGAGCACCGGCCUCCAGGCUCCAGCAGGCGGCGGGUUCCCUGGAUUGCUGUCCUUCCCGGGUGUCCCUGGCUUCUCACCCGCUGCCUCCCCUGCUGCUCUCGGUGGUCUACACAAUCCUACCAUGCAGCCUGGUUUGCUGCAGGCUCAUCCCACAUCUGCUUUGGAAAGGUUCCCCCCUCAGCCUAACUCUUUCACCAACUACCCUGCAGGCCCAGGAAAUCCCUUCCCCCUCCAACCUGGCCUGCAUCCCCAGCUGGGUUGGCAGUGAAACGCGCCGUACAUCGAGGCACUGUUAAUCUGCUACAAUUCCAUUCUGUUAAAUGCCUUUACUGACGCUUAUAUGAAAUAUUUUUGUCCGGAAGACAAAAGACUGUGAAUUCAACCAUGAAAUCAGUAAGAAAUAGUAUGUGUGUGUGUGUUAUUCCUAGAUGUAAAUAUUAGUAUUAGUGGUGAGUAGUUUUAAUGUUAGCGUCGUCUUUUACUGAACAUGAAUUGCCAACCUAUACAUGAUGUGAUGUAAUGAAAUGACCAUAUCAUGGAGUAGUCUUAUUGUGAUCAUAGUACCAAUUCAUUGAUGAAAUAAAUGAAAUACUGUAAUGUCAUUUUCAACUGACACAUGAGUUCUCUGGUCAUACAGUAUUUUUGUAGGCCAUUCAGUGUAGCAAUAACAAUUGUAUAAAAGACUCUUUACUGCCAUUUGUAGUUUUCCUACUGUUACAUUCAGACCUUUUGUUACACCGGCUUUGUUUAAUUGUGUUUGAUUAUCCUUCAGUAAACUGCUUCUUUUUUUUCUGUAUUUGUUUUUAUGACAUGUCAUGACCGCCAAGCCCAUACCAUGAAAUGACUCCCCCAUAUAUGGACUAAAUAAAAGGAAAUGCCCAGUACAAACAACUGGACAUACAAAGCACCUA